UGUCUGCCAGAGGUUGGUGGCGCUGCCGAUUCUCUGGGCCCACAGGUGCGGCCUGGGCUCAGCUUGGUUUCUACAGCUUCUUGGCGGGAGGGGACGGCCAUCUGUGAAAGUAUACGGGUUAAUUAUUUGGAUCAAAAAUUGGACUUUGAAAUGUCAUCUUCACCGGACCCUACAGAUGCAAAGACAGAGCCUCCAAAGAGUACUGGUUAUAAAAGUCCGGGACUGAGGGGAAUACGAACCACCAGCCUUUUCCGAGCCGUCAAUCCAGAGCUCUUCAUUAAACCUAAUAAACCGGUGAUGGCUUUUGGAUUACUGACCAUAACACUCUGUGUGAGUUAUAUUGCUUAUUUGAAUGCCACAACAGAAAACAAAGAUUUAUAUGAAGCAAUCGACAGUGAAGGAACCAGAUACACAAGGCGAAAGACAUCAAAAUGGGAAUGAAAUAUGAAGGAAAUCAGUACACAAAACUGCAGCCAAAGAACUGCUGAAAUAUUUAUUCCAGUGUUGGGUAGUAAUGUUGCAUAGGUAAAGAUGUUUGCAUUGUGAUCAAGUGUUUGAUGAGUAUAAUUUGCUUUCACGGUUACAUCUUGAGUGAUCAAAUUCUCUACUAUUCACAUGAUUGGUCUUUUCCCAUUUUAAUUUACAAUAAUCUAUUUACCUUCUACAACAGGUAAGGAGAUGGAGUACAUCUGCAACAUGGUUCAAUGAGAGCAAAUGAAUCCUACAUAAAAUUUAUCAAGCAUUUUCCUACUCAGUUUGUUGUUUGACAGUUUUGUCUCCCACUCACCAUGCCAAUCUUUCUCUCCCUCCACAAAGUGAUAUAGACUAGUUAGAUAUAGUCCUUAAUGGUAUUGCUAAUUCCCUGAAGCUGCUUAUGACAUUUGGUGAGAUCGUAGAGCUAUCUCUGUGUAUCUGUAUUUUACACAUGCUCUGCAAUACCCUUGAUUUAAUUAAAACAUUUUAAUACCAGGUUUGAAAGAAAACAAAACAUUUCACUUAACAUUAAUUAAUGCUCACAGAAGAAAAUCCCAAACUAACCACUUACUCCAGAUUCCAGCAUCUGCAUUUAACCUUGUAUUCUUGUGGAAGUGUUUCCUAAGCUCACUCCUGAAAAGCAUAGUUCAUUUAAACCAGACAUCUAAUUCUAGAUACUUUCCAUUUAGCAUAUCUAUUCGCACAAUAUCUUCAAAAUUUCAAUUAAAUUAGAGGAGCUGUGUGCAUUCUGUUGUCUCUGCCUCUGAUCACAUGGCAGUUCACCUGCCAGCGUUAAUACAUAUUACAGGUUAGACAUUAUAAAAAGCUCCAUCUAGCAGUUAGUUGAAGAACUGCUGGAAUUUGCUUCUAAACAGUAACCAAAUAGAAAUGGAAUUAAAGGAGAAGUAGGAUUUGAUUUUAAAUUGCCAUCCAAUUUUGAGUGCAUUUUUCCAGGACUUUUGCCUUUCAUAUUGUUUGUGAAAUCUAUUGAUCUUCUCAAAUCCACGUUCACUCUGCCAAAUUGAACAAUGGGACAGUGACAGUCAGGUUCAAAAGAUUAAACUCCCACGAAGAAAAUUCAUCGACCUGUGGGAAAAAAAAAACAGAUGAGCAUUUCUAUUCCAGACCUUUUAUUGAAGCUGACCAGCUUCUGAACUCACUGAAUCUGUCUGUUUUGGGGAUUGUUAGACCAAGUUCAAUAGUUUUAUAAUUUGCUCCAGAAUUCUUCAUUGAGUAAGUUCUGGACUUCACAGAAUGAUUCUGUGCAGCCAUAUGUAAGACCAUGUCUUUGAAAUCAAAUGCACUGAAUGAGAGCACAGUACUUGGGAUUCUCUGUCUGCGUAAAUUGCUGCCAUUUUUUUUUACCUGCAUAGCUGCAUAUGGAUCAAUUGUACAAAAUUGCACAGAAGGACUUAAAAUUGUAAUGGAAUUUCUAUUUGAUAUCAAUGAAUGAUUUUGUUCUUCUCUGAGGGGAGGAAUCUAUUAUAUGUAAGCUCAGGAGGAAUCAUUUUGCUUAUAAAAGCAGACAUUGUUUUAUUCUGGAGAUGAGAUUACAGACUGAGCUCAGAUCUAUUAUAAUUUAAGAGACUGAAAGUUAUGACUGUUAUACUAACAUAACCUAUCUAAUAAAGUAGUUGAAGAGAUGAG